CGCGUAAUAGUGACUUUUAAACCCCACCUUCCUAGAAGUUAGUUGGAAACAUCGUCUUAAAUGAAACAGAGAAUUUCUGUAUGCUACUUGAAGAUUAACUUGUUGAUUCUAUUCCUUACAAGAAAUUCCUGUGGCAACUUCAUCAUCAGGUUCCUUCUUCUUUCUUGAUCCUAUUUUCUUUUAUUUCUGCAUUGAAACGACGUUGAAGUCUUUCUUUCUACGCAGUUUUCUUUUUCCUGUUUUAAGGUGUUCUAAACAAGAGAGCUAAAUAUUUGUAUUGGAGUUAGAUUUUGAUGAUUUUUGUUCCCAUAUUAAUUCAACAACUUCAGUUGUUCAAUUGGCAUAGAAGAUUUGAUCAUGGGGCUAUACUUUUAGAUCCUAUGUGCAUUACAUCUAUGUUUGAAAAAGAAUAGUAUGAACAAACAACACAAUUUUAUUCCUAGAGUUGUGCUGGGUGCAUCUUUCAGGUUUAUUUCUUUCAAGAUUUGACAAGCACUUCAGCAGGGAAAUUAUGUCUUCUGAAAACAUAAAUGAACACCAUGGUUUAGUGAAACAGGUGAGAGAGAUGCUAGACAAAGUGGAACUUCCUGAGAAUUCUAUAGUCCAUGAGCAAUGCAUUUACAGAGUGCCUCACAAAAUUCGCCAGCCUAAUCAACAAGCCUAUACCCCAAGAGUUGUUUCCAUUGGUCCCAUUCACACCCCUUUUAGACUGGUGGUGACAUUAGGCUUGAACCAAUGGAAAACCUCAAACUGCAGUAUCUCAAGAGCUUCUUCACUAGGUCUCAGCUAAGUGUGGAGGAAUGUGCUUGUAAACUUAAAGAGUGGGAAAGGAUUAUCAGACUCUGCUAUGCAGAGCCAGUUCAACACAGUAGUGAUGAUUUCCUAAGGAUGGUUCUAAUUGAUGCUUGCUUCAAAAUUGAGCAUUUCCUUAGAUUUUAUAACUAUGAUAGAUGGGUAGAAAUUGACCCUUUAUUGUUACAGCCAUGGUUGGCCAAUGAUGUUGUAUUUGACUUGAUACUACUUGAAAAUCAGCUUCCUUUCUUUGUUGUAGAGGGCCUCUACAACCUAGCAAUUCCUCAUCACGAGACUCUUGACUUGCCCUCUUUUGUCAAUGUUGGUUUCAACUAUUUUAAACCUCAUAACCAACAAAACAUAAGGCCAGAAAAAGUACUUGGCGUGGUGCACUUCACUGAUCUCCUCAGGACUUUUAUGCUACCAUCAUCAUUUGAUCGUAGGAUUCGAGAAAGAAGAGUCGAUAUAGUUGAUCAUCUAUAUAGUGCAACCCGGUUAAGGGAGGCUGGUUUGGUUUUUGAGGUUAGUCCAAGUACGUGCUUACUUGACCUGAUAUUUCAUAAGGGUGUGUUGACAAUGCCAUGCAUUAAGGUGCAUAGCUCAACUGAGAUAUUUAUCACGAACAUAAUUGCAUUUGAGCAAUGCCACCUUCUGUGUUCACCUAACAUCACCGAGUACAUUAUGAUUCUAGAUUUUCUUAUCAACACAGGGAAAGAUGUGAACAUACUCGUUGAAAAGAAAAUCAUUGUUAAUUUGUUGGGUGACGAUGAUGCAGUGGCUACAAUGGUUAACAAUCUCUGCUGCAAUGUUACCCUGCCUUACAUUAAAUCAGAUUAUCGCUGCUUCUGUGAUCAAUUGAAUGCUUUCUAUGAAAACCCUCGGAACAAGUACAAGGCGAUCUUUAUACAUGACUACUUCAGUACACCUUGGAAGAUAGCAUCUACCGUUGCUGCAAUUGUGCUACUUUUGCUAACCUUCAUUCAGACUGUAUGUUCAAUCGUGGCAGUCUUCAAAAAAGGCAUCCUAGCUAUGAGCUACUCCUGCAAAAAGAUGCGUCAACACCAAAUUAUAUGACAAAUUCGUGGUUCUUUCUUUCACCCUUCUUCAAAAAGAAGGUAAAAUAAUU